GGUGCAAGAUGGGAAUGAGGCUGGAGGAGGACGGUGCGGGUGCUUAGUUUUCCGAGGACGCACAGGCGGCGCAUCGUGCCAUUGCGCACAACUUCUCUACUGCCUGCAAACGCUCGGCAGCUGAAUCACUGAGUGGACUUUUCAGAGCCGGAGCAGAGAUGGCGAUACUCAUUAGUUCUUUGAUUAUCUUUACAAAAUUCAUGCUUUAUUCCAAACUGACACACUGCAUGGAGGUAGACUUCUGCGUACCUGUUCGCGUGGAUCAGCAAAAGCAAGAAAAGCAUGUGCACCGGCGUGCAGAGCACAUGAAUGAAAGACUGGUGGUUUUUAGACUAAGUGCGUUCAAGCAGGAGUUUUACCUCCACCUCACGCCGGACUCUAGUUUCCUCGCACCGGGCAGCUUGCCGCCUGAGAGCGGCUCCUCAGCAUCCAACGGCUCCGCCACCGCUGACCUCAGGGACUGCUUCUACUCCGGGGAUGUCAACGCGGAUCCGGACUCCUUCGCUGCGCUCAGCCUGUGUAAAGGUCUCCACGGAGGCUUCUCCUUUAAUGGCAUGGAGUAUUUUAUCAGACAAAGCAGGACAGAAGACGCAGCAGCCGCGUCUGGAUACGUUCAGUCUUCCGACAGCACGCAUGUCAUCCGCCGCCGGAGACGCGCUGCGCACUCGGGCGGCAACUUCACCAGCAGGUGUGGAGUCACACCUGACACCAACUUCAGCAUUUCCCUGGAGAAAUACAAGCACAUGGGCGAGCUGGAGAUCGACGGCUUGACUGAAACUGUGUUGAGGACCCUGGGGAGGUCCAAGAGGUUUGCGUCCAUCCCCAGGUUUGUGGAGGUGCUGGUGGUGGCAGAUGAAUCUAUGGCUAAAUUUCACGGGGAUGACCUGAAGCAUUACCUCCUGACCCUCAUGUCAGUAGCAGCCAGGCUUUACAAGCACCCCAGCAUUCUCAACUCCAUUAACAUAGUGGUGGUGGGCUUCACGGUGAUAAAUGAAGCUGACAAGGGACCGAAGGUUUCCAGUAAUGCAGCCCUGACUCUGCGCAACUUCUGCUCCUGGCAGAAGAAGUUGAAUAAGCACAACGACAAGCACCCAGAAUACUGGGACACUGCCGUCCUGUUCACCAAACAGGAUCUCUGCGGGGCUACAACCUGUGAUACACUGGGGAUGGCUGACGUUGGGACCAUGUGCGACCCGAAGAGGAGCUGCUCUGUCAUUGAAGACGACGGCCUGCCCUCGGCUUUCACAACUGCCCACGAACUCGGCCACGUCUUCAACAUGCCCCACGACAAUGUGAAAGCAUGUGAGGAGGUAUUUGGGAAACUAAAGGACAACCACAUGAUGUCUCCCACACUGAUACAGAUCGACAGGAGCAGGCCCUGGUCUGUGUGCAGCGCGGCCAUCAUUACUGAGUUCCUGGACAGAGGUCAUGGAGACUGUCUGCUGGACCAGCCUCAAAGGCAGCUGUCUCUCUCAGACAGCCUGCCUGGUUCAAGCUACAGUCUUCAUCGCCAGUGUGAGCUCGCCUUUGGCCCCAGCUCCAAGCCCUGCCCAUACAUGCAGCCCUGCUCCAAGCUGUGGUGCACCGGGAAGGCCCGUGGCCAACCGGUCUGCCAAACUCGACACUUCCCUUGGGCGGACGGUACCAGCUGCAGCAAUGGCAAGGUUUGCUACCGAGGAGCCUGCAUUGAAAAGAACAGCACCAUGGACAUCAAGGUGGAUGGGCGGUGGGGGAAGUGGGGUGCUUAUGGAGACUGUUCCCGAAGUUGUGGUGGAGGAGUUCAGCUGGCCAAGAGAGAGUGCGACAACCCUGUCCCUGAGAAUGGAGGCAAAUACUGCUACGGCCUUCGUAUCAAAUAUCGCUCCUGUAACCUCAACCCUUGUCCUGAAACAGGUAAGAGUUUCCGUGAGGAGCAGUGUGAGGCAUUCAAUGGCUUAAACCUAAACACCAACAGACUGGGUUCCUCUGUCGUGUGGGUUCCCAAGUACUCGGGCAUCUCUCCCAAAGACAAAUGCAAGCUAAUCUGCCGCGCCAAUGGGACUGGAUACUUCUAUGUCCUCGCUCCAAAGGUCGUGGAUGGGACGCCCUGCUCCCCUGACACCUCGGCUGUAUGUGUUCAAGGAAAAUGCAUUAAGGCAGGCUGCGAUGGCAAGCUGGACUCCAACAGGAAGUUUGACAAGUGCGGUGUGUGUGGUGGGGACAACCAGGGCUGCAAGAAGGUCUCUGGAAUGUUCACCAAACCUAUUCAUGGCUACAACUUUGUGGUGACACUGCCCAUUGGAGCUUCCAAUGUUGACGUUCGUCAGCGAGGCUAUCGAGGAAUGGUCAGCGAUGAAAACUACUUGGCGGUGAAGAAUCGCCACGGCAAGUACCUGCUGAACGGCAACUAUGUGGUGUCCGCUGUGGAGCGCGACCUGCUGGUGAAGGGCAGCUUACUGCGCUAUAGCGGCACCUCCACAUCAGUGGAGAUCCUUCAGGCCACCAGACCCUUGCAGGAGCCUCUGACUGUGGAGGUGCUCUCUGUGGGGAAGAUGACUCCUCCCAGGGUGCGAUACUCCUUCUACAUCACCAAGGAGACCAAGGAGGAGAAGACGCUGCGGAAGGAGGAGAGAAGCCACACAGCGCACAACAGCGUCUUGGCGGACAGUAACAGGGUCGAAGCUAAGAAGCAGAUGAUGGGUAAGAGGCCAGUCAGUCACUGGGUGACUGUAAGCUGGGAUUCAUGCACAGUGACCUGUGGGAAUGGACUGCAGAAGAGGCUGGUGCAGUGCCAGAGCAUGGAGGGGCGUCCCGCAGUGGACUGUGACAAUGCUGACAGGCCUGUAGCAGUGAGAGCAUGUGGGGAUCCAUGUCCCAUGUGGGAUGUAGGGACUUGGUCUCACUGCUCCAAGUCCUGCGGAAGGGGCUUUAAAAGGCGGCCAGUGCGCUGCAUGACUGAGAAUGGUCUGAACCUACCCAGAGACCACUGCUCUGGAAGGAGGAAGCCUCAGGAACUGGACCUCUGCAACCUGAAGCCAUGUUAGAGCAGAACAGACACAGACCAAGGACUCAUUUUUGUCAGUCAAAGUGACAAUUUGACAGGAAACUUAACCCAGAUCAGUGUAAUGAUUCCAUGGCUGUGUUGGGUGGAAAGAUUUUCAAAUGCAGCCUGGCUGUGUCUCAAGGACAUCUGCUGCUCCGAAGGAGGUCUAUGGAGAUGGAGAAGGUCUCCCUCCAUUAUUUGAAAAGAGAGACAUCCAUUUAGAGAAGAUAAAAUAAGAGGAGCUGUCUUCUUGCUAACUGUCAAACCAUCUGACUCGUGGUUAGUCUACCUCUACUAUGAAAGAUGACACAAUGCCAGAGGAGAAAAGAUGCAGACAGCGUUCACACACGUCUGCAUACAAACAUAGUUUGUUGGCAUCGUUACAUAUAAAGCGUUGUGAGGUAAAACCUCAACACUCACACUGUGCAGUUGUCAACAGCAGAUAUCUCAUCUGUGAACUGACAUUUUUCUCCUUUCACUGAAGAAUUCAUCAAAAUGUGAAACACAGUACUGUAUCAUUCAUGCAGGUCCACACAGUUUCAACAUAUUUUUUGUUGUCAUUUUUCUUGAUUCAGUGUUGUUGGCUGUUGUGUGAUGGUUAUUACACUUCCAUUCAGAGUCCGGUUAUCUUGACUAAUGUCUUUUCAAGCUUUAUAACCUUCCCAAAAUGAAAACCAGUCAACCUUCGCACUUGAUACAAUCUUUAAGAUUUCAAUUCAUAUCACAGGGUUCCUCAGUUUUACUUACUGACCAAAAAUUAAAAAAAA